CGCGCGUUCAGGCCUGCAUUACCAACCCAAUCAUGCAGACUGGAUCUUCGAAGAAUCGCGACGGAGGUCAUUAUUUACACUCAUACCCCUCGACGCAAUGCUGAUUGCCACUGCAGACUCGCUCUGAUCUAUCAAAUCCUCAAGAUGAUGUACUCCAUGGACCCUGCGACUGCUUGUGCGGAGCCCGACGGCUUUCUUCUUGCUCCUUUGCCGUCGAGAAAACGGUUGUGGGAUGCUCCGGAUGAGCAAUCGUGGAUGGUGGAGAAGAGUUUGGAUGGGUGUUUUCCGAGCGUGUUCGGAGUCUUGACGAGCGGGCAGAUGGUGAAACUUCGAGAACACCAGGUCAUUCUUGAAGAUGGGGGAGGCUCUAUUCAGGGUGUUGGAGCUGAAGAAAGCGCGGCUAAUUGGCAAGAGUGGUGUUCGGGUAUGGACGGACUUGGUGCGCUGGUCACGCUUGCGAGAUCUCUGGCUGCAGUAUAGCAGUGCAUGUCGUAACCUCAAUUAUCCUCAAUAGGGAGUACUGUACGCAAGAGCUCCGGAUAUGCAUAACAGGAAGCUUGUCAUGACUAUGUGGCCAUGUGAGAUAUUGA